UUACAAGGCAACAACAUGCAGACCCGGGAGGGGAAGCUACAUGUACAUACAUAAUAGGGGGCAGCUCCUGCAGACCUGCAGGGACUCAGGGGUGGUCUAAAGCUCCGCCGCCGACCCUCGUCAUACCUGUAGGCUGUAGACGCUGGCUGGACUUACAUGAUAAAGAAGCAUCAACAUCCAACUACUAGCAAACCGGACAGACCACCCCCUCACCCCUCACCACAUAACUUUCUGUACGGCUGUCCGCUGUCCGCUGUCCGCUGUACGUGGGGUACCCAAGGUAAAAUCGAGGCAAAGAAAAAAAAAUUAUGGAGUCAAUCGACCCGGCUACUGGCCGAACGCUGCCACCCGAUGCCAUCCAAAGAGUGCUAUUCGUAGCGAGCCCCGUGCAUGUCUACAACAUCCCGCCCAUGACGCCCGGGAAGGGACAUGUCGCGGCGACCUGGACGGGCGAGGGCAGCAAUGACCGACAGAUCUUCACGGCGCGCAUGCGCGUCAUCGAGACUGCUAUCCCCGUGCCCGGCAACAACAACAACAACACCGACGCCGACGCCGACGCCGAAGGCGACGAGCAGGUAAAGACGGACAUCAUCCUCGAGGACGCCAGCACGGGCCAACUAUUUGCCGCGGCACCGUACACGGCUGCCGCCAUCGUCGAGCCCGUCUCCGACAGCUCGCGGUUCUUUGCGCUGCGCGUGCAGGACGACGCCGGCCGCAAAGCCACUCUGGGCGUCGGCUUCGAGGAGCGCAGCGAGGCCUUCGACUUCGGCGUGUCCCUGCAGGAGGCCCAGAAGACGCUUGGCUGGAGCAGUCGGGCCGGGGGCCAGGCCGGGAAGAAGCCGGCCGUCGAGCGGAAAGACGGCGCCGAGAAGCGCGAUCUCAGCCUGAAGGAAGGCGAGACGAUUACGGUUAACUUGCCGGGAAGAUUCGGCAGACGGAAGCCAGACCCGCCUCCUCAGGGCUCGGGCAACGAGGGUCUGUCGUCGUUCUCGUUACCUCCGCCGCCGUCGUCCGCAUCACCUGCUUCGGCGCCUCGCGGUUCGGGAAUACUUCCGCCGCCACCGACUUCGCACAGCAGCACGCGCGCAAAGCGGUUGUCAGCACAGGAUUUAGGGUUUGACAACGGCAAGUUUGGAGAAUUUGCAUGAGCACUGGAUUUGGGUAGCUUAAACUAAAGCUUUAUUACUGGAUAGGUAGCUUACGACGGAGGGAUACACUAUCGGUAAUAGUCUUACUCUCGAGAUGAAGUAGAUUCUCAUUAUGAACACUCUAACUAAACGAUGACUUAUGAACCUCCCCCCCCCCCUUAUC